GAUGUGGGGUAAAAGGUCAAGUUGUCGAUGACAUCAUCUAGGGAAGAUGGCGGACGGGGAAUCCGGUGGGAGUUGGUGGGGCAGCUGGAUACAAGAAAGUCUCCAAUCGGUCAAAGAAAAGUCAACUGAAGCACUGGAAUUUAUGAAGCGGGACCUGGCAGAAUUCUCCCACGUAGUGCAACAUGAUACAGCUUGUACGAUUGCUGCCACUGCCAAUGCGGUGAAGGAAAAGCUGAGUGUGAGUGUACAACCCGCAGAAACCUCUACAGGAGCAGGGCAGCAAGUCAAAAAAGGAUUAUCCAAUAUUCUUGGAGUCCUCUCAGACACGUUUGCACCUCCUCCAGACAAAACAAUUGACUGUGACGUUAUAACUCUGGUUGCAACACCCUCUGGCACCACAGAACUCUACGAUAGUACGAAGGCUCGACUUUACACUCUUCAGGCUGAUCCAGCCACAUACUGCAACGAACCAGAUGGACCUUUGGAACUCUAUGAUGAGUGGGUAGCUGGUUUUAAUCUUGAUGAUCAAAAAGGGGAAAUCUCAAAUCUGUUGGUGAACAGCCCUUCAGUCCGUGCGCUUUACACAAAAAUGGUGCCCGCUGCAGUGUCACAUUUGGAAUUUUGGCAUCGGUACUUUUAUAAAUUACAUCAGCUGGAGCAGGAGGAAAGCCGGAGGAUAGCACUGAAGCAGAGAGCAGAGCAAACUUCUCAUUCAGAGGAGCUCAGAUGGGAGGAGGAAGAGGAUGAAUUUGUCGGGGCUUUGCCUCAAACCACGGACCUUCACCGUGUGGCAGUGUUACCUGUGCAGUCUCCAGUGUUGUGCUCCAGCACAGAGAACUCAGUUGAGCUGCAGAGUAUUGAUGCCACAGAUGUUGGGCAACUAUCACUGAAAGACCAACCUGUAACUGCUGAACAAAGCCCUGUAGAGCUCCAACUGAAAAGCCAGAUCUCCACUUCCAGUGAGACGUCAAGGUCUGAGGACACUGUGAAAGAGUUUGCAGAGGACAUAGGGGAAACCACUGUGGCUGAGCAGGAAUUGAAGCCCAAGAUUCCCAAGACCAAGGACAGGCUUUCUACCUUGGCCAAAGAUGUAAAUGGGUCCACAAGCGAUCAAAAGACAAAGGACACUGAUGGAAUGGUAACUGAAGCAAAGACGACAGUGAGAAUGGAAAAUGCUAAAGAGGAUGGACCAGUUGAUUUGAGAGUCUAUGAACUCAAUUCAGACAGUGGAAAGUCAACACCUUCUAAUAAUGGAAAGAAAGGGUCGAGCACGGACAUCAGUGAAGACUGGGAAAAAGACUUUGAUCUGGACAUGACUGAGGAAGAGGUUCAGUUAGCAUUGUCCCGGGUGGAUGUGACAGAUCAGCUGGAAGAUGAGGAUUGGGAGGAUUGGGAAUAAAUGCGAUGGCACAUUGCCUUUUCCAGCUCCUUUCUUGAACUGAUUAUUUUCUGAUCUAAUGGACACGGUGUUUAUAUUCUCAGCCCGUAGUGUAUAUACAGGUACUGUAUGCCAUUGCUUCAGUAAGCUGUGUAACAUCUUUUAUACUGCAUGCUGUCGUAUCAUACACAGGCUUUUUAGCAUGUCAUUCCAGAGAACUUUGAGCAUGGUUUAUAAUUGUUCAGACUAAAGUGAGAGACAUUACUGUUUCUAAUGAUGUUUUGUUUCCUCGUAAUUAACGGCUGGUUGGUUGUGCAAUAUAUAUUUUAAAUUAUACAUGCAUUUUCUAGCUUUCAGAAAUGGAAAACCAUUAGUUUUGUAAUUCAAAUUCCCUUAGAUCUUUUACAGAUUUGCACUUGCAUCUAUGAAACUUAAAUUAUACAAAGUUAAUUCACUAAUGCAUUCUCUGUCAAAGAAGCACUUUUUAAAUAAAACCAAUGUCAGCUGAAGUGCUGACAGGAAAUUGAAUUUCUCCAUUCAGAGUAACAAUGAAGCAAAUGCUCUUUUGAUAGUGGAGCAUUCCAAAAUAAAAGUAAAAAUGAUUUUGAUGCUCGAACUGCUGGCAUUUGAAAUCCUGUGAGUUUACUGUUCUUAAAAAAUCAAGAUCCUUGCAGCUUAACAUGAAGUUUAAAGUUCAAAGUAAAUUUAUCAAAGUAAGUAUGUCACCAUAUACAAACCUGAGAUGCAUUUUCCUGUGGGCAUUUACAGUAAAGACAAAAACACAAUAGAAUCAAUGAAAGACUGCACUGAACAGAGCGGACAACAACAGUACGCUAAAGGCAACAAGCUGAAAAUACAAACGGGAAUAAAAUUGAAACAACAAUAAUAAAUAAGCAUAGAUAUCGAGCACACGAGAUGGAUAGUCCUUGAAAUUGAGUGCAUAGAUUGUGGGAAUGAUUCAGUGACGGGCAAGUGAAGUUCACACAAACUUGUUACUCAAGUUUCAAAUGGUCUAGACUGAAUUGGGUCUUUAGAACCUAUUCCAACUGAAAUUGUCACUGUGUUGGUUGUAUGUCUAAAAAUGCAGCUGGUUGUAAUGUCAACCAGAUGGUUAUUAGACAGUACCCACAGCCUAGUAGGAGCAAGAGGUUGUAGAGUAAUGAGAAGGUGCAGAGCUGUGGUGUUGCUGCCGUUCCCGGGGUGUAAGGCAAGCAUGCAAAAUAGAUCGAAAACCUCUUUACUCCACGUACCUUCAGAUUGAGGCUGGAGUUUUGUGACAGGAUGUGGAGAAAGUUAUAAAUGCAGUCAUCCACUGUGAAGAUCUGCAUCUGAUAGAGUUUGAAAUACAAAGCACUGGAGCUACUUAUUAGCAGGUUGUGCAGGAAGAUUAAAUGUUUCAGAUCGAUGGUGAACAAUCUUCAACCUGAAGCAUCAACUUUAUUUCGCUCUCUGUGGAAAUUGCUGAGUAUUUUCAAAGUAUUUUGUUUUAUCUUAAUUCCCAGCAUUCCCAGUUUUUUUGCCUUUUGAGCCAAUCAGUGGCCACUUUAUUGGGUACACCUCGUUAAUGCAAAUAUCUAAUUAGCCAAUCAUGUGGCAACAACUCAGUGCAUAAAGCAUGCAGACAUGGUGAAGAGGUUCAUUUGUUGUUCAGACCAAACAUCAGAAAUGUGAUCAAAGUGACAUUGACCGUGAAAUGAUUAUUGGUGCCAGAUGGGGUGGUUUGAGUAUAUCAGAAACUGCUGAACUCCUGGGAUUUUCACACACAACAGUCUCUAGAAUUCAGAGAAUGCUGCCAAAAACAAACAAACAAACUGAAUGGCAUUUCUGUGGGCAAAAACGCCUUGUUAAUGAGAGGUCAGAGGAGAAAGGUCAAAUUGGUUCAAGGCGACAGUAACUCAAAUAACCACGCAUGGUGUGCAGAAGAGCUGCUCUGAACACACAGCAUGUAGAACCUUGGAAUGGAUGGGCUACACCAGCAGAAGACCACAAACAUACACUCAGUGGUUACUUUAUUAGGUACUGGAGGUAUAUAAUAAAGUGGCCAUUGAGUAUAUUCACUAUGCUACAUCCUGGAUCUGCCUUUGCUACGGAAAUGUACCAUCACCAUUGUUUCUGAACCUACUGUUGAGGUUUGAACAGGUAAAUACAAAUUGGUGGAUUUUUCUUUUUAAAAAACAUACAGACUGUAAAUUGGGAACAAAAGUUGAAAAUGCUAGAGAUACUCUGACAUUCAGGUGCCAUCUGUGAGUGACUGUUACACAGCAGGACAUUUCUUCACAUAACUUGUGCCAUGAAUGUUUCUUGACAGAUGCUGUCUGACUUGCUGAGUAUUUUGAUUAAUAAACUUCUGGUUGUACUUAAGACCAAAGAAAUUUUCAG